AGGAAUACACUCGAGAGAGACAGACAGAAGGGAGCAUCAUGAAAACAGUAACGCAUACUUGCACACCAGAAGCAGCUGCCGAUCUAGCUGGAAUCGAUUCGAUCGUGGAUAUUGCUGAAUCCGUGGACGAGCUCCGCGAGAAAUUGGCGAACAUGAAAAGACUGAUGGAGGAGCGGAAAGGCACCACCCUGGGCGAGAUAAGCGCCAAAAAGAGAAAGGAGUCGUCAGACCUCAUAGACGGGAACUUUCUGUCUUGGAUAUUCGGCUCGGCGUUGAUCGUCAUCCUGAGCGUCAGUUUCUAUACAUUUUAUAAUCUCUACCAUGCGGUCCUGAAGAAAUUUCCCUCGCAUCACACGGAACUUUAA